AGUAACUUUCUAACUUAACUAGUUAGUUUUAAAUCAUAUUAACUUUGUAACUUAACUAGUUGAAUUUAAUGUGUAAAAUAGUCUUAUCUAACUCGUUAGAAAAAAAAGUAACUAGUUAUUAUUAUAAUUUUUUUUUCAUUCCAAAAUUCCAAAAGCUGUUCAUUAAUCAUAACAUUACGGCUAGGUUAUAUAGAUUAUUGGCUCAUAUAAUAUAAUAUUAUUAAAUAUUAGUAUUUACUAUUUAUAAUAAUGUACGCACAGAAACCACGGUUUUUCCGCGUAGUCUGUAGAAUGUAGAUAUCUACUAGAUGUCUAGAUAUAAAUAGUAUCUAUACGGGUGGCUUAACCAAUUAGUAUAGACACAAUAUCGUAUAAAUCGUAUAAUAUCAAAUAAUAUUUACGACUGUCGCGACGCGCGAUUAUUCUAGAAUCCUACACACAUGCACAUGACGACUGAGAACCAAGACACUUUUGUGACACUUUACGAUCGUGAUUCAUACGCGCUGUUGCCUGUUGUUGUUUUCUUUUUUUAAACAGUUUUCAGUACCAAUACGUCUCGUGCCUACUUUCGUUGUUGUGCAAAUUGUUCAUUAUAAAAUUGAAAUGAGUGUUAUCGUUGCUGAUUCGGCUGUUGCCGAUAGUAAUUAUAAUUUAAAAUGGCCACAGUUACAACAGUUUUUUGAACAACAAGGAAAGAUUGAGGAUAAAAAUAUUGAAUUUAAAUGUGUAUUAUGUAAACCUAAACAUAAAACAUUAUCCACUUCAAGUACAUCGUAUUCAAACUUGAGAGCACAUAUUAAGAGUACACAUAAAUCUAUGUUAGAUAAGUUUAAUGAUAUGGUUAAAAAAAGAUCACUUAAUCAAGAUAAACCGAGUACAUUGAAACAAUUAAAUUUACAUGAAUUUAAAAAACAAAAAACUAAGUUGUCUCAAGCUACUUUUGAUAGAGCCAACAUGGAAUUAAUAAUUAGUACGGUGUCCCCUUUUUCAUUCAUUGAACAUCCUGCAUUCCUCAAAUAUACUAAUACUGUGGCACAAAUGGUACCAGUAUCUAGAAGAACAUUGAUGAGAAAUAUUAAUUCAAGUUUUGAAGAAAUGAAAAAUUCAAUUAUCAAAAAGUUUAAUGAUUUGGAAUAUGUAUGUGUUACUGCAGAUUGCUGGACUGCUUCAGAAGCUGAUAUGAUUGAACUUGUGUUGAAUGAAUACAAAAUAAAUACAAAAGUAACCUAUAUGGUUACAGAUAAUGCAUCAAACUUUGCUAAGGCAUUCAGACUUUAUAGCACUACUGAAGAUGAAAUAGAAACUCCAGAAAAUGAUUCACUUAUAUAUUCAACGGAUAUUUUUGAAAUUUUAAGUGAAGGGGAAGAAAGACAUUUUAGGCUGCCUAAACAACUGCGCUGUGCUUCGCAUACAUUAUAA